GAAACAACCAAUGUUGUCUUCCGUCGGAUCCUCGCGUGGACAUACAGCAGCGUGACUGCCCAUGUUGUUAGCAGAAACACGAAGAAAGACACAAAAAUGACGCAGUUAGACGGUAUAACAAAACCCAAGACAAAACGCUCCAAGCGCUUCUUGGAGAGCAGAGCACCCAAGCUGAGUGAGGAUGGAAAGAGCACUAUGAUUAUGAAAGGAGGGAACACCAGUCAAACCAUCACCCAGGCCCUGAAGGACAUAUAUUCCCUGAAAAAACCCAAUGCAGUACUGUACAAGAAGAAGAACAUCACUCGGCCGUUUGAGGACUCAACAUCACUGGAAUUUUUCUCCAAGAAGACAGACUGCUCGCUGUUUCUGUUCGGCUCCCACAACAAGAAACGACCCAACAACCUCAUAUUUGGCCGUUUGUUUGACUUCCAUGUGCUCGAUAUGAUUGAACUUGGAAUUGAGAAGUACGUCUCCUUGAGUGAUAUUAAGGCAAGCAAAUGUCCCGAGGGGACCAAACCAAUGCUGGUGUUUGCAGGCGAGGCUUUCGAUUUAGACAACGAGCACAAACGUCUGAAGAGUCUGCUCAUAGACUUCUUCAGGGGUCCCACUGUGUCUGCGGUACGUCUGGCAGGGUUAGAACAUGUUCUGCACUUCACUGCCCUGGAUGGGAAAAUAUUCAUGCGUAGCUACAGGUGUCUGUUGAAGAAGUCUGGGUGCCGGACGCCACGAAUCGAGCUGGAGGAGAUCGGGCCCUCGUUUGACUUUGUCUUAAGAAGAACACAUCUGGCUUCAGAUGACUUGUACAAGUUAGCUCACAAACAGCCCAAGGCGCUGAAGCCCAAGAAGAAGAAGAACAUUUCCCACGACGUCUUUGGUACCAAGUUCGGCCGCGUGCACAUGCAGAAGCAGGAUCUGUCCAAACUUCAAACACGCAAGAUGAAGGGCCUGAGGAAGAGGAAGGGAGAGGUGGUUGCCGAAGAGCAGGAUGGACAGGAACCCAAAGUGGCCAAAGUAGAGAGCUGAGGUCUGAGCCGGGCUCGACUGGACCGCUCUCCACCACCUCUGUGCAUACAGACCAAUGUCCAGUGUCCAUCGUCUUGGUAGUGGACAUUCAGCUUGUGUAUAAGACUGACGGUGUGCUUUACUGCCAGUGACUGGUCAUAUGAGUCGCCACCAGACAAACAGGAUACAGAUCUAUUAUUCCUUUUCUUUCCUGUCCCACUUCUUCUUUUUUUUUUCCAUGUGACAUUGUCUUGAGUGUCAUGAAUGUGUCGGUUAUCUGGUUAGUAUUAAAGUCCAACACAUGUUAUCUAUUGGCAGUUGUAGGGGGGGUCAUGAAAUUAAUUUGAAUUUCUAAACUACUAUAUGGGUAUUAAAUAGCUUUGAUUUUUUUUUUUGUAAAAGGUAAAAUUUCACCUGAAGUAUUCGCUUAAAUAAAAUUCUCUAUCAACUGUU